UCCUGUCCGUGUGCUUCGGGUCCUUAUGAAGUGAACAGUCAAAUAUUUAUGUUUUAAUCUGUUUGAUUUCACUAUUGGCAUUUCAUAUUUACUACUGCAAAAGGGAAACAACACAAAGAUGGGGGAGGUGGAGUUGUCCUGUCUGGCUUAUGCCAAAAUGUUCCUACAUGCCAGUCAGUUUCCACGCUGCAGUGUGAACGGCCUGCUGUUGUCCUCCAGUCCAGCAGGGGGAGCUGUGUGUAUCACAGACUGUGUGCCGCUGCUCCACUCGCACUUGUCUUUGGCUCCAAUCACACAGCUCGCUCUUACACAGGUCGAUGUUUGGUGUGCACAAACACAGCAAAGGAUUGUGGGAUAUUAUCAGGCCAACGCUUGUGUGUCAGACAGCAGCCCUACACCCUGUGCAUUGAAGAUCGCAGAGAAGAUCUUCGAGCAGUGUAACAAUGCCGUGUUACUCAUGAUUGAUGGAGAAAAGAUGUUUCCAGGCUGCCGUGUUCCUCCGAUUGUCAUGUAUGAGCGCAAAGACGCUCGCUGGGCACUCAAAGACAAACACACAAUAAUGCUUCGGCAGUGGGAAGAAACCUGUUCCGUGGUUAAUCAGCUGUUCAGCUCUGGUGAUCAGGCACUAUUGGUGGAUUUUGACAGCCAUUUGGAUGACAUCACAAAAGACUGGACCAAUCCGAAACUCAAUGCCAAGAUCAUGGAGUUGGUCUCCCCAGCCAAUGGAAAUGUUUAACUAUACAGACUAAAUCAGCUCAUGUCAUAGUGUUUUCACUUAAAUUCUGUUUUUAAUAUUAUUUGACUGUGUAUCGUGCUUCAUUUUGUCAAAUUUUAUAUGAUAGAAAUGAAAUAUGCUGAAACAUAAUUUUCUUGUUCAUUAUGAUUUGGUGCUUUGAUCCUAAAAAUAAACACACACUUACAUUGAGGUGGAUAUAAUACAACCAGCAUAUUUCCUUACUUUCAUCUUUCUACAUGUCAUAUUUAAGUAAUUUAAUAAUAAGCUAUUAAUUGUUGAUUUAAAGAUCUAUCUAAACAUUAAAUAAUUCUGUAAUAAAACGAAAAUGUUCUUC